AUGGAGAGCACCGUCCCAGUCGUCCCAGUUCCCAAGCAGACGGUGACCAGUGACGGCGGAGAAGUCAAGGCUAUGCCGACGGAGGAGCCUGGAUCUUUUGUUGCCACAAACUCAGUCUUGAGUCUGAAGGGUUUGAAAGAAGGAGCGUGA